GCUGAGAAGUCAGAUUUGUCUGAGAAUUCGACGCUGAAGCAACAUUCAGAAUGCUGCCCACUUGGUUAACAAAGGAGUACAUCCAAACCCAUCUGAGAGCCUACUGCAAGGAUGAUCAGCUGCGAGUCCUUAAGCUGUGGGCCAAGCCGGCAACGGAAAAGGGGGGCAACUAUGUCGGCGUAAUGACCCGCAUUUACGUAGACUACGAAGAUGGGAAUGGAACGGUGCAGAACAAAUCAUAUAUCCUGAAGCAAACCUGCCCAGAGGACGCUACCCAAGCGAAACUUUUCCAGGAGUACGAUGUGUACAAUCGGGAGAUGGACAUGUAUGAGCUGGUGAUGCCCAAGAUGGCGGAGCUGCUCCGAGAGAUCGGAAUCACCGAGAAGCUAACCGCAGAUGCAGUAGUUGUUGAUAGGGAGCGGACCAUCCUGAUUCUCGAGGAUCUGGCCACUCUCAGAUACGUGAAUGCGGAUCGAGUUAAGCAAUUGGAUUUGGCUCAUACCAAAAUGACGAUAGAGUUGCUCGCAAGGUUCCAUGCGGCAGCUUUAGUCCUGAAUCAACGAUAUCCUGAGGUCCUGCGCACAAAUUACUCAUCGCACUUUUUCUCACGUGGCAAGAAAGGCUACAAGGAGAUUUUUACGGGCUUGUUCAGGGCUUUUAUUAGGUAUGUGAACACCCAACCAAGCCUCAGAGAUCGCUACAGCGCCAAGCUGGAGCACGUUGCUGCCAAUGUAAUGGAGUACGCGGCUCGAUCUGUGGAUGUUGGAGAAAAGGACCUCCAGACACUGAUCCAUGGCGACUGUUGGACCACGAACGUCAUGUACCAGUACGAUGACCGAGGAAAUCCCGUUACGGUUUUACCCAUAGACUUUCAGUUCAGCACUUGGACAUCGCCGGUGGUCGAUUUGCAUUACCUGUUCAGCACCUCGCUGAGAGAAGACGUAAAGGAGAAGGAAACCGAACUCGUUCAGCACCAUUACUAUGCACUGAAGCAGAACUUGGAUAAGUUUUCCUACAAGGGUGUAUUUCCCAGCUUGCUCGAGUAUCAGCUUCAGUUCGAGAGCCGCCGAUUCAUGACCGUUUUAAUUGCCAAUUUAUUUCAACCCAUAAUGGUAUACGAGGGCACAGAGGAGCCCGAGUUCGUGAACCUUUAUCAGAAUACUCCAGAGGGCGUUCGAUUCCAGGACUCAAUGUAUGCCUGUGAAAAAGCCAAAAGAAUUGUGGAACAUAUUCUACCAGUUCUGGAUGCCAAGGGCCUCUUAGAUCCUCAAUGAAUUUAGCCUGAUUAUUUUUAAUUAUAUUGUACAAAAAAAAUUAUAAGCGUGGCAAAUGUCAGCUCGUGAAAA